UCCUGACAUCUAUUUACCCCUCAUUUGUUCUUUCAAUUUCUAUUUGCCCUCAAAUAUUGGAGUCGUCAUUCUAGAACAUGCUGGCACUCAAUUGAAUAUUGAUUAUUACAUCACCCAAAGUAAUUUCUAGCGCAUACCAGAAGUCCCAACACUCCAUCAGAUCAAAUAUUUAAAGGUAGGCUCAGUCUCUGUAUAGCCUCUUCUCUUUCUUCUACAUCAACACAAGAAUCAUCAAAACAAUUCAUGCAAUCUUGCUAUCGAAAAGCUACAAGACUUCCAGUCGUAACAACUAUUAAACGAAUUCUCAAACCACAAACAACUACACGCAAAAUGUCUCUCUUCCCAAGAUCCUAUCUCACAAACGAAGCUACCUCCUUUCACCCUCUUUUCCGCCUUCUCGAUGACUUCGAUCAAUACAGCAGCGGCCGCAGCGGCGACAGCCACCGUCAUGGCCGCAACAACGUCAUGAAGACCUGGACUCCUAAAUUCGACGUCAAGGAAGCCGGCGACGUUUAUGAACUUCAAGGUGAACUCCCAGGUAUUGAACAAAAAGAUAUCGAUAUCGAAUUCAUUGAUGAUCAAACACUCAACAUCCGUGGACGUACCGAGCGCUCUUACACUUCCGGCACUCCACCGGCUGGUUUCGUCGAGGAUGAACCCAAAUCUGGUCAAAUCACUGAAGGUGGUGAGGGCGAGCACAAGGACAAGGCCCAUCAACCAACCGUCGAAGACGAAGGUGCGGAAAAUCAACAGGGCAACCAGCAAGUCACCAAACACGAAGAGAAAAAGUCCGAGAAGCCUGACCACAGAUACUGGGUUUCUGAGCGUAGCGUUGGUGAAUUCUCUCGAUCAUUUAGCUUCCCAGUUCGCGUCAAUCAGGAUGAGGUUAAGGCUAGCAUGAAGAAUGGUAUUCUUAGCAUUGUCGUUCCAAAGGCUAAGAAGCAAGAAAGCCGCAAGAUCACCAUUCAGUAAAUCUUCACUUUACGAUUUUCUGAUCGCCUCUUACGACAUUACGAAGGAAUUGAUGAAAGGGAGUUAGCAAUGAGUAUUUUGAUAUUGGCAUUUUUAGUGACGGAUUUAACUACGGUGUUUCUGUGAGGGAAAGGGGGAGGAUCACAAACGAAAAUGAAUUCGAUUUCGGAGGGUGUUAAUGGGAGGAGUUUCACAGUGCGAGAGUUUAAUUUUCUACUUCUUUGCUACAAUGGCUUUAAUCAUAUCAAUUCGAUCCUUUCUGUACACAGAAUUUAAUAAAAAGUUGUUUCUAUCAAAUUUGUUGUCUGAUCAUAUACUGAUGAAUUUGCAAGUGAUGAAAGAAUAGCCUCAAAAUGUAUAAAUACUUACA